CCCGUGAAACAUUUUCGGCUGGGGAGUCAGUUGGUUGUUCUCAUCUCGUGUUUGAACAUGGUGCGGACUAAAGCAGGCAGUGUCCCUGGCACCUACAGAAAAGUGGUGGCUUCUCGAGCCCCCAGGAAGGUGCUUGGUUCCUCCACCUCUGCCGCUAAUUCCACGCCGCUUUCGUCAAGGAAAGCUGAAAAUAAGUAUGCAGGAGGGAAUCCAGUUUGUGUGCGCCCAACUCCCAAGUGGCAAAAAGGAAUCGGAGAAUUCUUCAGGCUGUCCCCUAAAGAUUCAGAAAAAGAGAAUAGGAUUCCUGAGGAGGCAGGAAGCAGUGGCUUGGGAAAAGCAAAGAGAAAGUCAUGUCCUUUGCCACCUGAUCAUACAGAUGAUGAAAAAGAAUAGAAAUUACUUAUUCACCCUUGACUGAUGUCUCCUGUUUACUCUGGUAUUCUAGGAUGUAAAUUUGCAUAAAUAUAUUUGUUCCAAUUAACUUUGUUGAAUAAGCAUUUAAUUUAAAAAAUGAGGCUUACAUUUAGUUAUUCAAAAGCAAGUAGUUAUGAUAUUGGAAAGUUUAUAAGAUUAAUUAUGGUUACUUAACUUAGUAUUCAGUAUAAUGCAGUAUUCGGUUUCUUUUACCUGUUAAGCUUUUUCUUGCUAAAAUUAUUGCAUGGUGUUCUACUUAUGAAUCUGCUGUUUUUGAGAUUUGCUUAGAAUUUUGUACUGUUUCCAUUUUUUAUUGGCAUUUGAUUAUUGGAGUGAUGCCAUAUUUUUGUUCCUUUUAUUUGCUUUAAAAAGCAGAGGUAGAUUUUUGUGCAUUAAAAAAGUCAGUAUUAAUUAAACUGAACCAAUACCCUUUUUAAGAAAGGGGGCCAAAAAUGGAAUGUUGAAAAAAUUUGGAUGGCCGUCUACCUUCUUCUUAGAAAAAUUUAAGGGCAAUUUUGUCCUAAGGAUUUAAAGGGUUGAUGAAGCUUCUAAAAACAACA